CUCAGGGAGGCUCUGCCUGUUCCGUUGAAUUCAGACUCACUGUCAUUUUAACUUCCUUCCUGCCUUUUGUACAUUAAACAAACAUACGGCUCUGACGCGAGGUGUCGAACAGCUCGUGUGAUACACAGCAACACAGUUACAUUGAUUUAAAUGGGCGAAAUAACUCUUGGAAUGUAACAGCAGCUGAGCAGUUCAAGUAAUUAUUCUGCUACGUGUUCCGAAUCCACGAAUCCGCGCUUCAGCGACAGUUUAAACAACAGCGUAUGCAGCAAGGAGAGAGACUUGUAAGUAAGCAUCCGACUCUGGUGGGACAUGCUGUAAAAGUUUAGAAACAUCUACAUGAAGGAGGAGACCUAAAACAAGUCAGAAUGAACCACCUGACUUAACGAAGUGUAUUGAGAGUAUUGCAGAGAUCUGUAAUAAUCACUCCGCUAAAGCAUGGACAAGUAGUGGAUAUAAUAUGUGAAUAAGGAAAGGAGUCUGGGAUUGUAUUUUAUUCUACGUGUCAACUUUCCUUGGUUCCUCCUAACAAUGGUUGGCUCCAAAGGCCAGUGGACUUUGGAUGAGUAGACCUAAAUGGGAGCAAAAACGGACAGAGUCAGCCUGCCACUAUGGCAGCUUAUGCUCUGAACAGCCUGAUAAUGAUGAACCCCAACAACCUGACCAAUAAGAGCAGCCCUCGGACAGGAAGGCCUGUGCUCCCAGUGCCCAGUCGUUCUACAUUUAGCCCCGUGCUGGGGGGCAGCGGAGGUCCCUAUAGCCCUGGCAGCCUGAGCCCUGGGUCACCGGGAAAAUCUUUCGUCUUCCCAACAAGUACCAGUUCCAGCAGCCAAAGGUCACGUUCACCAUGUCGACGGCCGGAAUCGCUGGGCGUGCAUGUGGGAAGUCGUGUGCGAAGACUGAGCGGGUCUGGCCUGGAGGAAGAACAGGAGAAUGAAGAACGCCGUGCCGCUCAGCAACUCGAGCGCCACAAGGAACUGCAGAACGUGGAGGUGAACAAGAAGGUGGACCUGUUUGAAGCCCAAAUAUCGGCUCAGGCUCACAGCCGAGAGGCUAAACGAAGCCCACGGAUUUCCAGAAAAACGCCCCUGAAUUUUGCCCCUGUCCAACUUGCCAAUCUCUCCUUAAACCCAGAGGAAACCCUUGUGAGGCUGAACAAGGAUCACUCAACGGGGAUCCCCAAAGAACUGCAAAAUGGAAAGCGCUUCUCUGGCAUGGAGGAGGGGUUGCAGAUCAGCGGUGACAAGAAGAACGGGGCUGACCCAAAUACGGAAGAGGGCGGCCCACUUGAGAGCACAUCAGCACAAACUAAGAGCGAAGCUGACAGCUCUACCGACAAUCACUCCAGGACUUCACCGGAGUCCAACAAGUGCUCAGCAUCUUGGACUGAGACAUGUUUAACAAAGGAGGGAGCUGAGCCAAAAGAAACCCAGGCAGAGCCCGACGGGGUCAGUAUAGAGGUAGGCUCCAUCCCCGCUGUCAUUAUUACGGACCACGGCAUGGAUUUCAGUGUGGAGGGCAAGGAGCCCCAGGUUAGUCCUCAACCUUACAGAGCCCUGAGGAAGCUCUCCUCUUCUUCUGCCUCUUCAACGGGAUUCUCCUCUUCCUGGGAGGAAUCAGAAGAUGACAUUUCCAGCGACACAGAGCGGUCCCCAGCGUUCCUGCAAACACAACAGAAAGCGCAUAAAUCAUGGAAGAAGAUCAAGAACAUGGUGCACUGGUCACCAUUUGUAAUGUCCUUCAAGAAGAAGUACCCUUGGAUCCAGUUGGCUGGCCAUGCAGGCAACUUCAAGGCAGGAGCCAAUGGUCGUAUCCUAAAGAAACACUGUGAGUGCGAGCAGCAAUGUCUCGACAGGCUGAUGAGAGACGUACUAAAGCCCUUUGUUCCUGCUUACCACGGAGAUGUAGAGAAGGAUGGAGAGAGGUACAAUCAGAUGGAGGACUUGCUGGCAGACUUUGACCUACCCUGUGUCAUGGACUGCAAGAUGGGCAUCAGGACGUAUCUAGAAGAGGAGCUGACGAAAGCCAGGAAGAAGCCUAGCUUGAGAGCCGACAUGUACCAAAAGAUGAUCGAGGUGGACCCCGAUGCACCCACGGCACAGGAGCACGAACAGAAAGCAGUCACUAAGCCACGCUACAUGCAGUGGAGGGAAACCAUCAGCUCCACCGCCACGCUGGGCUUCCGGAUCGAGGGAAUCAAGAAAGAGGAUGGAACAGUAAACAGGGACUUUAAAAAGACUAAGACCCGAGAACAAGUGACCGAAGCCUUCCAAGACUUUGUCAAAGGAAACGAAAACAUCCUGCAUUCCUAUCUGAACCGACUAAUAGAGGUCAAGGACACUUUGGAAAUUUCACCGUUUUUCAAAACACACGAGGUGAUUGGCAGUUCUCUACUCUUCGUCCAUGACAAACGGGAGCAGGCAAAAGUGUGGAUGAUAGACUUCGGGAAGACCACUCCAUUGCCGGAGGGGCAGGAGCUGAGCCACAGGGCCACCUGGGUGGAGGGUAACAGAGAAGACGGCUACCUCUACGGCCUAGACCACCUCAUAGACAUUAUUUCCAAUAUGCUAACUCCUAAACCUCCACUAGAGUAAGAGGAUUCCAUCUUCUCUCCCUCCUGCACUACAGUUCAAGACCUCGCUGGGUUCCCCUAAAGCAAUCCUAACCGAUCGUCCCAUCUAAACAAAACUAUAAAACUUCAAACAAAAAUGCCAAUGCGCAAUGUCCUUUAAAAAAAAAAGAGUGUGUAUGUUUGUAAACUUGUAGAUGCUGUACAUAUAGUGUAAAUGCCAGUGUUUUAGUUCAGAACAUGUGUGAAUAGGAUUUUUGCAGCUAGUGCUUUAACAGGCAGGUGAAUCUUAAAGCCACACUCCCUUAAUGUGCGUUCUUUUCAACAUGCUAGUGUUACGGAAAAGUGUAAAGCCCCUACAGCUAUGUUUUACUCUGUGAUUUUGUUUUUAGAUGCUGCUUUUUUAUUUUACACCUAGAGAUCAUUUUUCUUUGAAACAAAAAUCUAAAUUUGGAAACUUAUAACAAUCAGAUCGACCACUAGAUGUUUGAAAUCUUUAUAUUUGCAGGAAUCUAACAACAUUGGUUGUUUUUAUAGUUUUUUACCCUGUUAACAAUGUAAGUAGUGUUAAAAUACAUCAUUUAUACUUAGUGCCGUUAAUAGAACAAAAGUUUUCCAUUUGGUGGAUGGUCUUAUGUUGUGCUUUAUAUUUAAAUUCUUCAUAUUGACAUUCCUCAAAUUCAAUUUCCAUUUUUGUGCAUAAGUAGGGCUGGGUAUCAACACAGAUUUUCCAAUUGAUUAUAAUUCACAAAUUCUCGAUUCAAUUCGGACUUCAUUUUUAUGUAAUACGAUUCCGAUUUAUUUCAGUAUACAGCAUUUUGCUUAUACUGUCUAUUCUCUCUCUGCUAAUAAUGUCAGAAAAUAUAUUCAGGGGAGUGUUUUUGACUCAUUUAAACUAGUAAUUCAUCUUUUGAGCUACACUAGGCAUGCCACGUGUUUUUGAUUCACUAGAAAGAAACAAGUAAUUUUGGGAAUCAAGCUUAAAGUUUGCGAUUGUUUUUUAGAUGUUCUACUUAAACAAGAUUCUGUUUCGCUCCUGCUAACAAGCACUCACGCUAUGUGUUUUUGCCAAGUCACUAAGAUACACUAAUAAGAUUAAUAUUCAGGAAUAAGAAAGAUGACUCCUGCCAUCUUUCUGAUUGGCUCUCAAUUGUUUUUAUCAUUCAUCAAUUGGAAAAAAGUAGUUUUGAAUGUUAUUCUAAGGACAUUGUUCCUCUAUCAUUAUUAUUUUGCAGUUGAAUCUGCUAUUCUUUUACAUUUUACAUUUCUUUUACAUUUUCCUUGAUGGGAUUUUAGUCAUAGAACACAGUGCCAUCUGUAGGAUGGGAAGUGCGGUGCAAUAUUAAGAAUUGAAAUUGGAACCAUUCAAAUAAAGAUCAGGAUUAAUUGGAAAAUCUAAGUUUUAACUCAGCCCUAUGCCCAACCAGCCUAAAAUAAUAACUGAGUGCCAAGGUUUUUCUCAGGAAGUGGCUCCCAUUCAAAAAGACUUUAAAUCUGUCAUUACCAGCUUGUAUGUUUUCAAGUUCCCACAGUCUCGACUAAUUUUUGUCUUCGUAAAAAAAACGUAAGAGCUGCAAACACCAACCUUGAAAUGGCUAAAGUGACUUAAAAUAACUCUUCUACGAGGUAAAAUACCAUGUUUUACAAACACGCUGUCACCUUAACUUGCAUCUGUCGACCAAAAAUUUCAACCAUUCCACGCAAGUUCAAACAAUGUGAAUAGUCACGAGAGCCUUAAGUAAUGUUGUUCUUCCUUUGAAAAGUGCCUGAAAGCGCCGCUCGAUGCAGUGCCUCCGAAAGCUGACUCGCUACCCUUCAGAGCGCUUUAUGUUGGAGAGAGGUGAUUGUUGUUUGCAUGACUAUUUGCCAUGCAAAUGAACCAUCUCGGCAUACCCCCAAACAAUGAGAUAAUCCUCCAAGCAAAAUAUCGCUGGAGAUAAAAACUAAUUUGUUGGUCAGUAUGGAAACCAUGCGCUGCCAACAGCAUAAACGCAAUCAGUGAUUAAUAGUUGUUGAUUUAGCCCUGGGACAGGAACACCUAGGGCAGACCUACACGUCGGGACGUCAACGCGACGCACUCCAGUCACAGUGAAGGCAGAGGGGUUAUCGAGAGGCCUACAACCAAAUGUCACCACAUGUUUUUACCCAUAAUUUAUUUAUGGCGAGAUUUCGCUGUUGCUAAAUGACCUUUUAUGAAUGCAAAAGGAACAGAGAGGACAAAAGGUUAACGGGUGCUGUGGAAACAUUUCUCAAAUCCCUGUCCCACAGCCACAGUUCCCUAAACAUGCUUAAAAUGGGUAGGAAAAAAUGAAAUGGGUCAAUUCAUAGCUGCUGUAAGUGAUUUUUAAUAGGCAUAGGACACACAAACUAUUCUCGCUACCUGACUAUGGGAGAAAUAAUACUUUUCUUCUGGUUCUGUAAUCAGCCACAAACUUGCUGCUUUUUAGCCAAGAGAGAGAAAAAUAUCUAAUUAGGCCUAUAUGAAAAAAUGACAGCCCUAAAAAUGUGACACAUAUAAAAACACAUAAUACAAUGAAACACUUGCUAGGAAAAAUAACACUUCUCUCUACUCGCUAAAAAUGGCUGUUUGUUAGACAAGAGAGAGGAAAGUAUCACUUUUAUUUUUAACACAUGGCUACUUUCAAGAAACAUUCUUCUUGCCAUAAUAAUGGUGUAGUAACGACAUCUACCACAAGAUGUGUCACUGUGCCUGAUAAUGAAAGAAAAAGGAGACUUGUUUGGAAACCAAAAAUAUUUUUGCUUUUAGAGGCGUAAAUACAAUUGCUUACAGCAGCUUUAAUUAGGUCUAAGAGGUUUCGGGUUUAUUUAUUCUCCCCAAAAUUAAAUGUUUCCAAAGUAAAUCUUAAAGCCAGAUGUACUUUCUCCCUACACGAGCUUAAAAAUGGAAGUAGGGCUUCCCCUGCUGUUUAUGGUGCUGUAUUACAGAGAACAAACAAAACUGACCAAGUCCUUGCCCUCAAUGU